AUGAACGUUGUUGGGUUGCCAUCAUUUCCUUGUUUAUGUGUAAACAUUAUCUGUGUUUUCUUCGUUCUCUUGAACUCCAAAUCAAUCGUGGCCGGCGACGAUCAGUUGUCCGUGACCAGUUAUGGGUCGUUUGAGAUUGCAAUGUUGCGACAUGGAGAGAAAUAUGCCGCAAACAGACCCUGUUAUAAGUGGGAAGAUGUCUCCCCGCUUUAUUAUGGUUUGACUCACGUUCGGGGAUUAAUGAUAAACAUGGAAAGGUAAUGUAAACUUUUUACCUUGUUCGCUUUCAAAAGAAGUUUUAAUAGAAUUUUAAUAAGUUUAUACAGUCGAACCUCUCCACAACGACUACUUUCUCCUGGCUGUUAUGGGGAGGUAGGGGUGUUAUAUGACAAUUUUUUUAAGGAGUACAACAUAAUUUUUGUGCUAAGUUCAUGCUUACUGUAUACCAUAACCUGGGUAAUCCAAUCAUAUAUAAGGUACAGAGAUGAAAUACACAAAAAGCUUGAAUUAAAAGAUUUAUGUCUGGGGGGUCUUGAAUCAAAAUAUUAACGUGACAAAAGUUAAACGAGAAGGAUCGCAACAUUCGCUAUAUGAGUAUCGUAGACAAUUUUUACUUACUGGGGCAGUAUAAAUGAAACAAAAUCAAAAUACGUAUGCCGUGAUUGAUACGGAUCACUUCGUGACCAUUCUUGACUUUAUUCUACAUUCGUGACUUUUUCAUCAAUCGCUGAAAAAAACUGGCCGUUGUCGAGAGGUUAUUUUGGCAAAUGGGGACACGUUUUAGUGGCCUUUGCUGUUGUGGAGAGGUUUAAAUAAGAGUAAAUGUAUGGAUUGUCAGCCGGGACAAAUAAAAUGGCCGUUGUAGGGAGUGAAUUUGGAAACAAGUCCUGUACAGCCGAAGUUUUAGAUAGUGUUACGUGUCAAUAGUAAACCCAAUCAUCCAGAUUCUAGUUGUUAUUUCUAGUAAACACCCUUUCAGUUUUUUAUGAGAAAUUUUUAAGAAUAUCGAAGCUGAACUUUAAGAAAUUUUAAGAUUAUUUAAGAAUAAACCCGAGCCUGAGAUUUUGUAAAGGAUAUAGUUUUGUGGGUAGAAAAUUCGUUAAAACAUUACAAAAUUGUAUGUUUUUAACUUAACUGUAUAAAAUUAUUCCUUUUUCUGAACGAAAAAACUAGUCAACAAAACGAACAAACCUGCCCCUGUAUAAUGACACCAAUACAUUCUGAAACGGAUAUGUCAUAGCAGUACGGCUAUAUAAUUUAUUAUAAUACAAGAAUAUUUUCAGCCUAUAAUCGGAAGAAAAACAAGAAUCUUCAGCAGGAGCCGAUUACUUGAAAAAAAAAUUCUUAUAUUAUGAUCCCGAGUGAACAAAACCUGUUCCAUCGAGUUAUCGUUGCAGCGUUUUAAUAUACAUUCAAACCCCGCUUAAUACGGAUACCCCGUUAUUAAGGACAGUUUCAGGCUUUGUCCCUGGGGAAAGACAGCCCUUACAUUUUCUCUAUUAAAAUUCAACUCGCUUAAUACGGCCACUUUCUAUGGCCCCCUCAGUGUCCGUAUGUUACAACCACAUUCAUACUUCUAUAAACUAUAGAGACAAAUGGUCAAAGUAAAGUUUUUUUUCAACCAGCUCUACUUUUUCAGAAAAUGUGAAGUGUAUAUCUCCUCACUUUGACUAGCGAUCUACCAAGAUCCACCUCCUCCCCAAUUCCUCAAACGUAGAAUUAUGAAUUCCUAAUUAUAAGGAACUUACGUUCCCCUGCUUUGCUUUCAGGCUAAACUGGUUUGCGUUGUUAUAACUUGAGAUUGGUUGAAACAUUUGCGCAACUUUCACGAACAAUCAGGAGUUAAGGCAAAACUUAUCGCGAGUAGUCCUCCCGCAUUUUCCUACGAUCCGCAAAUGCUUCGACAUCUGAUGGGUUUAUUUUGUUGUCUUUGUCACUGAAAGGUACAUUUCAAAGUCAGCCUCCCAGUUAUCGUUUACCUCGCCAUCGAUUCGCGCAAUUCCUACAUUCAUGGAGCCGAAUAUGAAGACACGGGGGAUUUACUUAUGCUAG